CGAUUCUCCCAUCCUCAUCCUCUUCAUCAGCAUCCUUCUCCUCACCUGGCGUUGCUCUGCCAGUCCCAAGAAGAAAAUAACAACAGCAGCAAGCGCAGGGCACCGGAAAGCUUCACUACCUCAGCCCUGGCAGCUGCAGCCUGCUAAGCCAAGGAGCGGGGACGCUGCUGAAGUGCUGCGAGGGCUCCCCGCGGCAAAGCACGAUCCAUCUCCCGGGAUCACGUUACCACGGGCACCAGCAGAGGCGGCGUCUUCACUGAAGCGCAGAGCUGCUCUGCCAGCAGCAGCACGAAGCUCUCCCUGAGGGGGUCACAGCGGAUCUCCGCAGAGGAAGCCGCCGGCAGUAGCUAUACAUACAGCUCUACACACGCGCGCAGUCCCCAGAUGCCUGCCAGCAUGCUCCAAGAGGAGCUCUCCAAGGAUCUCCCCUCCUCCACCAUCACCGCCAGGGCAAUGAGGAAUGGGGGAGCAGGCAUGGAGAAGGCCCUGUCCAACCAAGAGGACUUGGGAGGAGACCGGGGCAUGACGGACGAUAUCUUUGAUGAGAGCUACUGUGAGAAGGAGGGCCCCAAGCCUGCCAAGAGAUACGUCUGGAGGAACAUCGUCCUCAUGAGCCUGCUGCAUUUAGGGGGCUUGUACGGGUUGUGGCUGAUACCUGCAGCAAAGCCCGUCACCUUGGCAUGGGGGUUCCUGUGUUUCCUGCUGAGUGCUCUGGGGGUCACAGCUGGAGCGCAUCGUCUCUGGAGCCAUCGGUCCUACAAAGCUGGCUUGCCCCUCAGGAUCUUUCUGGCCAUUGCCAACUCCAUGGCUUUUCAGAAUGACAUCUACGAGUGGGCCCGAGAUCACCGCGUCCACCACAAGUUCUCUGAGACCGACGCGGACCCCCAUAACGCCACGCGGGGCUUCUUCUUCUCCCACGUUGGCUGGCUGCUGGUGCGCAAACACCCCGACGUCAUCGAGAAGGGCCGGAAGCUAGACCUGGCUGACUUGAAGGCCGACAAAGUGGUGAUGUUCCAGAGGAGGUUUUACAAGCUUUCUGUGGUGGCCAUGUGUUUCCUGUUCCCCACCAUAGUGCCCUGGUGCUUCUGGGGGGAAUCUCUCCGCAACAGCUUCUUCCUCCCCGCCAUCCUGCGCUACGUGGUAGUGCUCAACGCCAGCUGGCUCGUGAACAGUGCUGCACAUAUGUUUGGCAACCGGCCCUAUGAUCGAAACAUCAACCCCCGGGAGAACCGCUGGGUCACGUUUGGAGCCUUAGGCGAAGGCUUCCACAAUUACCACCACACCUUCCCCUAUGAUUACUCCACCAGCGAGUUCGGGUGGCACUACAACUUCACCACAGCCUUCAUUGAUCUCAUGUGCCUCCUGGGGCUGGCCAGCGACCGCAAGAAGGUCUCCAAGGAGACCAUCCUGGCUCGGAAAAUUCGGACUGGUGAUGGCAGCCACAAGAGUGGCUGAGGGCCUGUGUCAUCCCCCCAAAACCUCUUCACUCACCCCAAGCGAGCUGGGCACAGGGUUUUAUGUUCUAUUUACUAACCAUUGAAUAAUGCUAUCAGGUUGCUUCAGAUGAUGAUGAUUUUAACCCCCUCCUGCACAAUGUAUUUUAAAUGAUGUAUUUAAGACCUAUAACUUUGUCUCUCUAAUGCUCAGCAGCUCCAUCCCUCUCUUCUCUCUUUCUUCUUUUUGUUCUUCUUUUGUCUCUCUCUGGCAAGAUCUCUCCCUUUCACUCUAACCCCUCCAUGCUUCAUUCUCUCCUUGCCUCUGCGUCUCCUUGGCGGGGAACUGGUCAAAAGCCUGUCCGGGGCAGAUCGUGCCGCUGGCUGGACAGUGGAAGUGGAGGGGAGUCUGUACCAGCUGGCUGAAGAGUUGAGCCAAAGUCAGGGACUCUUUCUCUAGAAAUCCCCCUUUCCUGCCUCUGGUUCUCCUGCCCUCCCAGGGCUGCUGACUCAGGAUAUGAAUGAGUGUCUCUCUAUGAGAACAGCAGCAAAGGCCUUUCCCAGAAGGAAUAGCAGACCUGUCCCCUUCCUUGCUAUCAAUGAGAGAGCACGAUGUUGUCUCCUUGGUGCUGGGCCUUCUUUGGCUCCUGUAGGCCAAGGAAAGGUGAUGCUGGGGAUGGGGAGAGGAGACCCCUGAAAGCCUCUUCUGGAGGAGUAGCAUCAGCUGCAGAACAUGGUGGCGUGGGGCGCGACAGCUGCCUUCUCACCUCGCUGGAGUGUCGCAAUGGCUCCUCUUGCCGCCCUGCAGCGUCUCAGUGCUAGAAUUGCCUGGAACGACUCAAGCUGGGCUCCUAGCUGCCUGCGUGGAAAAGCUGCAGACAAGGACAUCUGGGGAAACGAGGGGCUUGAUGCCAUUGAAAUACACUGGCUUGGGAUGGGACGGAGUGGAACCGUGGGCAAUAUUUCCCAGGAAGAGACUCUUCCGGAAGAACGACAGCAGGAGAAGCCAGAAGGAAGUGACACAAAGCCCCAUCUCUGUGUUAAGCUGCUUUGUGUGUCGGAGGAAUGAG